AUGGAUCCAACCAUCUCAUCCCACAACACAGAAUCUACACCAACGAAUGAAACUGACCAGCCCAAGAAUCCAAAUUGCAGUCCAAUCCUGACCCUGCACUUCCUGGCCCUCAUCAUUGCCCUGGUUGGAUUGGCAGGAAACGCCAUUGUGCUCUGGCUCCUGGGAUUCCACAUGCGCAGGAAAGCCAUCUCAGUCUAUAUCCUAAACCUGGCUUUGGCAGACUCCUUCUUCCUCUGCUGCCACUUUAUUGACUCUCUGCUACGGGUCAUCGAUUUCUAUGACAUCUAUGUCCAUAAAUUAGGCAAAGAAAUCUUAGGCAGUGCAGCAAUCACUCCCUAUAUCUCAGGCCUGAGCAUACUCAGUGCUAUUAGCACAGAGCGCUGCCUGUCUGUAUUGUGGCCAUUCUGGUACCACUGCCACCGCCCAAAAAACAUGUCAACUAUCAUAUGUGCCCUAAUCUGGGUCCUGUCCUUUCUGAUGAGCAUCCUUGAGUGGUACUUCUCAGGAUUACUGAGUGAUAUUCAUCAUCAUUUGUGGAAAAAUGUUGACUUUAUUGUAACCGCAUUUCUGAUCUUUUUAUUUAUGCUUCUCUUUGGGUCCAGUGUGACCCUACUAGUCAGGAUCCUCUGUGGUUCCAGGAGGAAUCCACUGACCAGGCUGUAUGUUACCAUCUCACUCACAGUGAUAGUCUUCCUCAUCUGUGGCCUGCCUCUUGGGCUUUACCUGUUCCUGCUAUUCUGGCUUGACGUUCAUUUGCAUUAUCCCUUUUGUCAUCUUUACAGAAUAACUACUGUCCUGUCCUGUGUGAACAGCUGUGCCAACCCCAUCAUUUACUUCUUUGUAGGCUCCUUUAGGCAGCAUAGGCGUCAUCGGUCCCUCAGGAUGGUUCUUCAGAGGGCUCUGGAGGACACGCCUGAGGAGGAUGAAUGCACAAAAAGCCAUCUUCAGAAAACCAUUGAGAUGUCAGAAAGCAGAGAAUGGUGA